CCAACCGAACCGAAAGGCAAAUCCCCCUCCUUCCAUCACACCUUUUCCCUCCACUCCACCACCACUUCCUCGCCUCCCCAAUCACACCAUUCUCCCCUGCUCUCCUCUGCUCCAUUGCUUCCUCCUCGUCGUGCUCGUUGCCGUCGGAGGAGGAGAACAAGAAGAGGAAGAGGAAGAAGGAAGAAGAGGAGGAUGUCGGACUGGGGCCCGGUGGUGAUCGCGGUGGUGCUGUUCGUGCUGCUGUCGCCGGGGCUGCUGCUGCAGCUGCCCGGGAAGCACCACUUCGUCGAGUUCGGCAACAUGCACACCAGCGCCAUGUCCAUCCUCGUCCACGCCAUCAUCUACUUCGCCCUGGUCGCGCUCUUCGUCAUCGUCAUCGGAGUACACAUCACAACCGACUAGACCGGCUAGGCUAGCUAACAAGAGCCUUCAUCUCAUCCGGCCAUGCCUCCUGUCUCUAAUUUCUUCUUCCUCCUCCUCUUUAUGUUCUUUGGUUUCUUCUGACUGAUGCCCCCCGUGCUCUUUCUUCCUCUCCAUGCAUGUGUAACCUUAUCUAAACUUCCAUUAAAAAUCUCAGUUCCAUA